UUGGUUGUUGGUUCUUGUGAAUGAGAUUGAGAAUUUCAGUUCAAUUGUUUUAAUUUUGUUUGUGUCUUUGAUUAAAUUUCAAUUUAAUUUAAUUAAUUUAUCAACAUGGAAGAAGAUUCAGCAGCCGCCGAUUUAAAGAAGAAACGUCAGUUCCGAAAAUAUUCAUACCGAGGAGUUGAUUUAGAUCAACUUUUAGAUAUGGACAUGGCUGAUCUUAAGGAACUUUUCCAUUCUAGAGCUAAAAGGAGAUUGAAUCGAGGUCUCAAAAGGAAACAAAUGGCUCUCCUGAAGAAACUAAGGAAAGCUAAGAAAAAUUGUGGUGAAUUAGAAAAACCAGAGACAGUCAAGACUCAUCUUCGUGACAUGCUUAUUUUACCUGAGAUGGUUGGAUGUGUUGUAGGAAUUUACAAUGGUAAAACAUUCAAUCAAGUUGAAAUUAAGUCAGAAAUGAUUGGACAUUAUCUUGGAGAGUUUUCAAUUACAUACAAGCCUGUUAAACACGGUAGACCCGGUAUUGGUGCUACUCACUCUUCAAGAUUUAUUCCUCUUAAAUAGAGAAAAUUGUUCAAAAAAAUAAAUUUUCAAUUCAACUUUCUAUGAAUUAA